GAGCCGGCAGACGUCACGUCAUAUCCGCUAGUUUUUCCAUUUGUUUUUUUACGCACGGCAGCGGUGUACUGUGACAAUUUACACCAUAGACAAAGUCACUGUGUCAUUUUGCAACACGUUAGACUAAAACGUGUCAUCGCCUUUUCUCUGUACACUUUGUUUUUAUGGUUUGAGCGAACAGUGACACGGCAGUGUGUCGGCGUUAGCACAGACAGGAAAACGUGUAUCUUCGGUGAGGAGUUCUUGAUCAGCUAACAUUAGCUGGCUGCGUUAGGUAAAUAAACACACUUUAAUUAAUAUUGGCUGGCGUGUGCGUGCAGUCGUGUUGAAAAAGGUCGGCUGAGUCAUUCUCUGCCGUGACUGAUGGAGUGCCCUCACCUGAACUCCAGCCUGAGCUGUGCUGCUGAUUCGCCCGUGUUUCCUAACGGUGCUCCGUCCUCUUGGUGCUGCAAUGUUUGUCGGUCUAAUAAGAGUCCGUGGAUUUGCCUGUCCUGUAUGAUGGUCCAUUGUGGAAGAUAUGUGAAUGGGCAUGCAAAGAAGCACUUUGAAGAGAGUCAAGUCCAUGGCAACAGUCAGAAGAAGGGUGAGAAACAGGAGAAAGAAAGAUCAUCCCACGCUGUCUGCAUGGACUGCAGCAACUUUAGCGUGUUUUGUUACAGAUGCGAUGAAUUUGUCGUCAAUGACACCAAAGUCGGGCAGGUGCAGAAAGUCAGGGAACAGCUACAGACGUUGGAAAACUCAGCGUUGAUGGGAGAUAGACAGAGGAAAAGAAAACUCCAGGAAGGACUAUGUUCAGACAGCAAAUUGUUAAAAGACACUGAAGGGGCAGCGUCAGGUGCUACAGGUCUGCGUAACUUAGGCAACACAUGCUUCAUGAACGCCAUCCUCCAGUCCCUCAGCAACAUUGAACAGUUCAGCUGUUACUUUAAGGAAUUGCCUGCAGUGGCUCUGCGCAGUGGUAAGACGGCAGGAAGGAGGAUGUACCACACCCGCAGCCAGGGGGACAGCAGUGUGUCUUUAGUGGAGGAGUUCAGGAAAACUCUCUGCUCCCUGUGGCAAGGCACCCAGACCGCCUUCAGUCCAGACUCUCUUUUUUACACCAUAUGGAAAAUCAUGCCGAGUUUCAGUGGCUAUCAGCAGCAGGACGCCCAUGAGUUCAUGCGUUACCUGUUGGACUAUCUCCACAGAGAGCUCCAGUACAGCUGUAACGGUGCUUCAAUCCCAGCUUCACCUCAGGACGAUGUCAGACUCUCCACAACCAAGGACAAAUGCAGCAUAAAUGGACCAGGUAGUGUCGUCACAUCUGUUUUUGGAGGAAUUCUUCAGAAUGAAGUCAACUGCCUGAUAUGUGGGACAGAAUCUCGGAAGUAUGAUCCAUUUCUGGAUCUUUCCUUAGACAUUCCAAGUCAGUUCAGACAAAAGAGGAGUAAAGACCAGGAACCAGGGCCGACUUGUACAUUGCGUGACUGUUUGCGUAGCUUCACCGACCUGGAAGAACUUGAUGAAACAGAGCUGUACUAUUGUCAUAAGUGCAAAAAGCGACAGAAGUCCACCAAGAAGUUCUGGAUUCAGAAGCUGCCAAAGGUCUUGUGUCUUCAUCUGAAAAGGUUCCACUGGACAGCGUUUUUGAGGAACAAGGUUGAUACGUAUGUGGAUUUUCCUCUCAGGGGUCUGGACAUGAGAGGUUACCUUCUGGAGCCCGAGAAUUCAUUACCAGGAAGUUGUCUGUAUGACCUGGUGGCUGUGGUUGUGCACCACGGCUCUGGGGUUGGAUCAGGUCAUUACACAGCAUAUGGCAGCCAUGAGGGCCGCUGGUACCAUUUCAAUGACAGCACAGUGACUCUGGUCAGUGAGGACACAGUGAAGAAGGCCAAGGCCUACAUUCUCUUCUACGUGGAGAGCACUGACCAGGUGUCCUCGGACAGAACAAGCAAACCUCAUUCAGACAAGGAGGCCAUGGACAGUGUCUCUGCAGAAGCAGCUCCUCAGGAAACAGAUGCAGCAGAUUUAUUGACACACAGUGCUUUAAUGGAUGCAGCAGCCUCUCCACAUGUGACCUCAGAUAAUGCCAGGGUGGCAAGCGUGGGCACAGACGUGGCACUGCUGGAUGAAGCUGAUGUAGCUCCUGUGGAGGACGCAGCUGAUAUCGAGACCUCAGAAGAAGCCAGUCAAGCCCCGCAGACGGUUGCGUACUGAUUCUGUCAGACGUCACUGCCUUAGGGACCAGCUCCAGUCUGGUCUUCACCUCAGCCCAACCUGUCACAGUGCUGGAUAAUAAUCAUCACUUUUCUUAAUGUUUAACACUUGUGCAACCAAUUUGUUUUUCUAAUGACCUGCUUGACCAGUAUCAUUUAUAAUGUGCUGCUUGAUUUUAAGUAUAAUAUUAAGCUUUUGGUUUUAUCAAUGUUGUAAAGUAUUUUUAAACAGAGGUAGUACUUCUCCAUGUCAUGUAGAUUAGAUUAAAGCAAAGCCCUGAAAACCAA